CACUCUGCAUGGGACCCAGUUCAUGAUGGUGAGAAGAACGUGCUCUAUGCUGUCCAUCAGGAUCCAGGCCCGAAUUUAAAGGUUCUAAAGGAAGUUCCCGUCCAUAAUAAGCACUACAGCACUCCAGCCAUUCAGAGGACAGAAAGGGUGUUGUCAAAAUACUGAAAAAAGCAGGUCAGGUUGAGGGGCUGGGUGAAGAGCAGAAACUCUUCAGUUUACCUGCAGGGACUCGCUGGGUGACAGGACACUUCUUCUAAAGAACAGGAAGAGAAGGCCAGAAUCAUGUUCUCCACAGUGGUUCCGUACAAGAACCAGAACUACUCUGAACUGAAGAAGGAUUGUUUGGAACAUAAGAAGCUGUUUGAGGACCCAGAGUUCCCCUGCACCAACAGCUCCCUCUAUUACACAACCCCACCGCCCAUCAUAGUGGAGUGGAAACGACCCGCGGAGAUCUGUGAAAACCCUCGUCUGUUCGUGGAGGGUAUCAGUGCUCAUGAUCUGAAUCAGGGGAAGGUGGGGAACUGCUGGUUUGUGGCUGCGUGUUCCUGCCUGGCUCUGAAGCCGCACCUUUGGCAGAAGGUGAUCCCCAAUUGGAAGGAACAGGAAUGGGAUCCCAAACAUCCAGAAUAUUACGCAGGAAUCUUCCAUUUCCAGUUCUGGAUAUUUGGGGAAUGGACAGACGUCGUCGUGGACGACCGUUUGCCCACAACUAAUGGGAAACUGUUAUACUGCCAUUCAAAAUCCAACAAUGAGUUCUGGAGCGCUCUGCUGGAGAAGGCUUAUGCUAAACUGUCAGGCUGUUAUCAGUCUCUGCAUGGAGGGAACACAGGAGAUGCUUUGGUGGACUUCAGCGGGGCUGUGAAUGAGCCCAUCAGUCUGGAGUCCGGACCGUACCGCACUGACCCCAAAGCCAGAGAAAAGCUGUUCUCUGACCUGAUGACAGUGUAUGACCAGGGAGGCAUCAUCAGCUGCUCCAUAGCGGCGCCUCCUCAUGAGCGUGAGCUGUGUCUGCCGAACGGUCUGGUGAAAGAUCACGCGUACUCUGUGACGGCGGUCCGGAGGGUCCAGCUGGUACACGGCCUGCGGGCUUUCUUUAAAAACGACACCAUCACUCUCAUCCGCAUGAGGAACCCCUGGGGUGAACGCGAGUGGAACGGAGCCUGGAGUGACAGUUCAGAAGAGUGGCAGAAGGUGGGCUCUAUGGAGAGGAGUAAAAUGGGUGUCACAGUGGAGGACGAUGGAGAGUUCUGGAUGUUCUUUGAUGACUGGUGUCAGAACUUCACGGAUGCCUACGUGUGUCGACUGCUGAACACGUCUGUGCUGAGUGUGCAGAAGUCGUGGUGUGAGGUUGUGUGUUUCAGCAGCUGGACCAAACACACGGAACCGCUGAAGAACCGGUGUGGCGGCUGCAUGAACUAUAGACAGACCUUCUUACAGAACCCACAGUACGUGUUGGAUCUUCAGGAUGCAGACGAGCUGCUGGUGUGUCUGCAGCAGAGAGAUAUGAAGAUCCACAGGCCUCACGGUCAGGGAGAGAACCUCAACAUCGGAUUCGCCAUAUUUAAGGUUGAGGUGAACAGGAAGUAUCGAAUCCAUGACCUCAUCACUCAGCAGAACGUGGCCUCAUCGAAGUACAUAAAAGCUCGCUCUGUGUUUCUGAGGAAGGCUCUGCCCAAAGGCCGAUACGUCAUCAUCCCGUCCACCUUAAGGCCUGAGUUGCUGGGAGACUUCAUGCUGAGAGUCUAUACUGAUAAAAACUGCGGCUGCAGAGAGCUGGAUUUAGAUAAGCCGCGCGUCCACUGCUGGAGCUCGUUUGUGGGUUAUCCUCAGAUGGUCACUCACAUUUAUGUGCACGGAGCAGAAGGGCUGGAAAACCAGGACAGUAACGGAGGUGCUGAUCCCUAUGUGAUCAUUUCCUGCGAGAGCAGUUCAGUCCAGUCCCGAAUUCAGAACAACACCCGGGACCCGCUGUUCGACGUCAGAGCCAUCUUCUACAGGAAGAAACCAAACAAACCAAUCACCAUCCAGGUGUGGAACAGUAACGCUGUGAAGGACCAGUUUAUGGGCCAGGUGGUUCUGCCGGCAACUCUGCAGGACACUGCAGAACCGCAGAAGAUCCAAUUGAAAAAGAAAGGUCGUCAGACGGCUGAAGAAAUGCCCGGAAAGAUCAGCCUCAGGGUCGUAACGUCCAGGGAGCUCACGGCCAUGUAGAACAACAGAGGCUAGUUAAUAUGAACAACAAAGAAACUGUGUAGCACAUAUAACCCACUCUUAAAGGAACAGUUCAUAUCUUUAAUCAGAUUUUUGGCUGAACUAUCAGUUUUACCCACUCACACUGACAAGUCAAGCUUAGCUGACGUAUGAUCAUCAUUAAAUCAUAUCACAGGCAAACAUCUAACAUUCCACAAUAUUCACCAAAAAAGGCCAUACAGCUAGAUAUAUACACGCUAUAUGGACAAAAGUAUUUGGACACCUACACAUCACACCUACAGGGGCUUUUAUGAAUCCCAUUCUAAAUCCACAGGCAUUAAUAUGGAGC